UGUGAGCAGGGAUCCGGCAGGGAAAAGCAGAGCUCCCUGGAGCACACCCACCUGUGCUGGCUCAGCAGAGCCUGGGGACCUGCGGGGGCUCUGCUCCUACCGGGGCCACACUGCUGUCCCCAGCCCCACGCAGGACUCUGGUCCCUGCGAGGCGUCUCCCUGUGCUGUGGCUCCAAUUGGUGUAAAGUCUGCACAUUAUCACCCAGCACCAGGGCUCAUAAAACCUGGCUGGGACAGAGCCCGGCAUCACCGUUGCUGCUGCCUGCUCCUAGCCAGCCCCAUGGGCACCACUUCCUUCUUGAAGAGUGCCCGGGCUCUGCUCCACAUCCAGAACCAGCUGGUGCGGGAGUGCCUGGCUGAGAUGUUGGCCGUCCUCGUGCUCAUCCUCAUCACCCUGAGCGGCUCAGCGCAGAUGGUCACCAGCUCUGAGUCCAAGGGGAACAUCCUCACUGCCUACCUGGCAAGCGCCCUGGCCGUCAUGGUGUCCAUCUAUAUAGCUGGGGGAGUGUCUGGGGCCCACCUGAACCCAGCGUUCUCCCUCGCCAUGUGCCUCCUGGAGCAGUUUCCCUGGUGGAAGUUGCCCAUCUUUGUGGCCGUGCAGACUUUGGGAGCAUUCGUCUCUGCUGGUGCUGUCUAUGCUGUCUACUAUGAUGCCAUCCAUCACUACAGCAAUGGGACCCUCACCGCCUCUGGCCCCCGGGAAACUGCCUCCAUCUUUGCCACCUACCCUGCUGACUACCUGUCCCUCUCCAAUGGCUUCUUGGACCAGGUGGUGGCCACGGCACUGCUGAUUGUGGGCAUCCUGGCCAUCCUGGACACCCGCAACAAAGGUGUCCCUAAGGGCCUGGAGCCAGUGGCAGUGGCCCUGCUGGUGUUCUCCCUCGAGGCCUCCCUGGGCUCCAACUGCAGCUGCCCCAUGAACCCUGCACGGGAUUUUGGGCCCCGACUCUUCACCUGUGUGGCAGGUUGGGGCACAGAGGUCUUCAGCAGGGGCAAUGGGUGGUGGUGGGUGCCGGUGGUGGCACCGAUGCUGGGAGCCGCUGUGGGCUCAGCCCUGUACCAGCUCCUCGUGGCGUUUCACCACCCGCUCCCGGAGGGCGCUGCCGCAGCAGAGCAGAGCCCCCCGGUCCUCAGCAUCGCUGCCGUCCCCACGGACCCCAAGACCUCACCCGCAGAGGAGGACACCGGGAGGACGCUGCCCCAGAAGUGA